AUGACUUUCGCCCAAAAAGAAUUCAGCACUCCACCACCCCAUCCACCGGCGGGCACACCCCAACAUGCCGAAUCAGCACUCCCCUGGUACUCAAUAGCACCCGGAGUCUGGGAAUUCCUCCUAAAUGGAGACGCAGAACAUAAAGCCGCAUUGCAGUGGUGGGAACCAAACGCCGUCUCGGCACAGACCGAGCCUAUAACUCAUACUUACAUCGAAGAGGUUUGCACAUUGCGAGGUGGGCUGCAGGAUGUUACGCUUGGCAAGGCGUGGGGUAUUGGUUCUUAUGCUUACCGAUUCCCGGGCAUGAAGCAUGGUCCAUAUCGAGCUUCCGAGGAGGGGUGCUUGCAGUUUGUGAAGGUCGUGCCUGUGUCGGAUGCGAAGUAG